AUGAUGAUGGACCGUUCUUUUUCUCUUCUGUUCCUUUGCCUGCUGCAGAUCACCUCGGUCGUCGCCAAGUGUUAUUUUCCAGACGGGAACGCCGUCCCGGGCGACUUUCCCUGCGAUCCCGAUGCCGACGACAGCCCGUGUUGCCAUGGCGGUCUCGGAUCGGCCUGUCUGUCCAACAAGCUAUGUCGAGGGCCCAACGGGAACACGGUCAGGGGAUCUUGCUCAGAUGAGAGCUGGAACUCGCCAUUGUGCGCCCACUACUGCAUGAGCGCGGAUACCGGAGGGACGGACCUCAUCUCCUGCUCCAACGUGACCGGCAUCGACACUUCGUAUUGCUGCGAUCACGCCCCCAACUGCUGUAACAGCGGCGUCGGCCGAUUCGACGUCCUCCCGGCCGAACCGCAGGUCUGGGCAACCUGGAAUCGGGAAUCAAGCCGAUUUCUCGUCAUCCUUCAAACGUCUUCCGAAAGCUCGACUUCGACGUCAAUCCCCUCCUCCACAACAUCGGAUGUAGCAACAACAGCGUCAGCCGGCCCGACUCCGACAGGCACCAUCCCGUCGACGCCUCUGACAGCGGGAGGUCAAACUCGGACUUCUGUGGAGCCCGUACCUACGGCGGCACCAACCCAGGGGGAGGCUGAGAAGGAUCCCGGGCUGUCGACCACGGCCAAGGCGGGUAUCGGUGCGGGUGCGGGCGCGGGCGCUCUCCUCGUUGCGGCCCUCGUGUAUCUUCUACUCAAAAUACGAAGCAACAAGAAGGCCCUACAGGCUCAGCAGGCACAGCAGGAGGCCCAUCGCUGGCCGGGAAUGUAUCAUGAACCGCCAGUGGGGCCGGUCUACUACAACAACGGCCUGCCAGAGAAUUGGGCCCCGCCUCGAUCCACAGAGGUGAAGACGCCGCCCGUCUUUAAUGGAAGCUAUGAGAUGGAUGCCCGGCCGGCCGAACGACACUGGGCAAGAGUAGAGCUUCCGACGAACCCUUAG